CUUGGGCAUGGGUGGAAGUGGUGGUGGCAUCAUGCCGUUUGGCACGCAGCCUUUGCCCGUGGGUAUUCUGCAGUUGUCUAGUCUGUCGCAGCAGCAGCACCUAGAUGACAUGCAGCUGCCGUCGUCUCUGGCCCUGUCGCCAUCCCGGCCUUACGGACAGCAGCCGCUAACACGUGCGCAGUCACAGCAGCAGCCGUCGCGGCUGCAGUCCUCUCAGCAGCAUCAGCAGGAGGGGCAGCUAGGGUCUCAGCAGCAGGAAGGAAACGCUGCCUGCGGAGGACGGGUGGAAGAUGGCGGCAGCAGAGGACAUGACGACGACAGCGCUGAGGAGGAGGAGGAAGAUGAGGCGGAGGAGAAGGGAGGGCAGCAGUCGCGAAAUCAGCGGCGACGUCGGGAGGGGAUGGGCCCAGCCACAGCCGUAACACAGGGCCAGGGGGCAGCCCCCAACAUCACUGCUGCUGCUGCUGCUGCUGAGGCGCCUGGCGGUAGCUUAGCAUCCCAGCAUCAGCAGCAACAGCACCGCCGAGACACGCCACGACACAUGUUUCUUUCUGAUGGUGGCUGCAGUGCCGACCUGGUUGUUUCACCUCCCGCAUUGGCGAUCCUGGCACAAAGCAACCUCUUCACAUUUGACAGUGACGACGAUGAGGACGACGGCAAAUAUGGCCACGGCGCUUUAACGGUGCAUAACGGUGGCGGGGAUCCCAUGGACGUAGACCGACGUGGCAACAACGUAAGGGACCGGCCCAUGGGUCGUCAGCCUCAUGGCCGAGCCACAGCAGGCGAGCCGCUCUCCGCCACAGCCGCCGCUGUCGCGGGUAUGGACUUGUUCAAUGCGGAUAGCGCCCUGGCGGAUGCGAUGAUCGCUGCCAUUGCAGGAGAGGCCGCGGCUGCUGCUGGCGGUGGGGGCAACGGUGGUGCCCCUCCUUGCAUUGGCGGGACUGCAGACAGACCCAGCUGGCUGCAGCAACGCAGGGACGAGACUGGUGACCUCUCUCAAGGCGGUGAUGGCGGUGGCGGUGGCGGGCAUCAAGGUCUGGCUCGUCGCAGCGGUGGCACCGGCGAUGGUUCCGCUACUACCACUACCGAUGGCGACGCUACGGCUGCUGCGGCGGGAGCCUCCUCGCCCUCUAGGGCAAGCACUCAGGCAGGGGCAGGUGGCAACGGCGGUGGGGGCCUCGGCGUCGGCAGCCUGUUGUGUGGGGAGAUGCUGAGCGCCGGCUUGCUGGGCGACGAAGACGAGGAUGACGGGACAGUGGAGGGACACCAGCGCUCGCGGCAUCAGCAGGAGGCGUUCUUCAUGCCCUCUUUGGCGUCACCGCGGGCAGGGCAGCAGCAGGGCUACCUGACGAGUCAUGGUGGACUGCUGCAUGGCGUUGUUGGGCUGCAUGGUGGAUUCCAUCAGCAAGCAGGGCACUCCUUGCUGUCUCUAUCGCCCAUGCAGCAGGGCCCGGCGGGUCGCAACUGGCAGCAGCAUCAGCCAUCUCUACUGACCCAUGGGCCAUCACGCUUUGCGCCACGAUCCAGCGACAUGCUACCUGCUGCAUGUGAUGCUGGGUUGCCGUUGUCACUGUCAUCGCCUACGUCGCUUGUGGAACUAGGAGCGGAUUGCUGGGGAGCGGGAGCUGCAGCUGCCAGUGUGCAUACUCUGGUCUCGCCUGUGCGGACGUCUGCCACCAUGCGGCGUGCCUCUUCAGCAUCGCCUGUCAAGGGGAAGACGGGGGCAUGUGUCGCGACAGGAGUAGAGGCGGCAGGCAACGGGGAGAUUGCGGACGCAAGCCGACAGCCCGGCUUGGGACCCGCCGAUCACGGCGCUACAGCAGUCACCACCGUUAUCAAGGAGGAAGAAGAAACUGACGGCGGCGACGCCAACCCCCUCAUGCAAGACAACUGGCUUUCUUUCGGCACCACGUCCGCUUCCCUGGACCCUACAACAUGCAUGCGGCAACAGCCACUACCACCAGCGCUGCCAUCCUCGGGGCUCUGCACGGGCUUAACAAGCACCGGGGCCGCAUCGACCGCACCGUUAGGGCCACGUGGGGCGGCUGCGGCUGUGGGUGCGGCAGCCACAGCUGGAGCACAACCAGGCACGACGACUACAACUACAGCACGCGGAGGCGGUGCUGGGACACGGGGAGGUCGUGGCAGCUUACGUGGACGUAACUCGGCGGCUGAGCGGGAGCUUUUGAAGGCCAGUGCGUUGCAAUAUAUGACACAGCGGCUUGGGGGAGGGGGUGGAGGUGGAGCAACGGCGAGUGCAGGAGGAGGAGUGGCCAGGCUUCAGUCGCAGCUGGAGGCUGAGGGAGGCAGCUGCCUCAUGAGCAGCAGCGGCAGCGGUGCCUUUGGCAUCGCUCUCGCCAGCGGCGGCGGCAGCAACAAUUUCACGUCCGCUGUCAUCGCCACCACCACCAACACGCUUGACCGGCAUUCCUCGCUUCCGCUUCCUCAUCUGCCUCUUCAGCAGCAACAGCAACAGGCGUUGCAUGCCCCACUUCCCUCCUCUUCAUCCGCGCCCCUCCGUCGGGUGCCCUCGGCACCUGCACCAGCAGGCGCUACAAUCAUGCUCGGAGGCACAGGAGGGGCCAACCAGCAGGCACCGGUAUCAUCGAUUCCUCAGGAUCCUCAGCAUCCUCACCAGGACGUUGCCGGUGAUAGCAGCAUGUCCAGUGGUCAUGGCCGGACAAAUAAGGCUGCGGGAGCGACAGGAAAUGGCGAUGGGAGCGCAGCCUCAGACCCUGUAGCUGGAGCACCGCCCUCAGGAGGUGACGGCGGCGGCACC